AUGUCAUCUGACACAUCGUCUAUUAUUGGUGCUACAGAAAACCCCCCAGAUGUCAAUGGAUUGCCGUCAAACUUCCUCUCAAUUAUGGACAUCACGAAGGACCGUUCAAGUACACGCGGACGCAAGACUGGAGGUAAAACCAUCUAUACUUGCACUGCGUGUGGAGAUAAACGAUACGACCAUAAGGCAAAUGCUGCCAAUCACGUCAGAAACAACCACCCGGUCGCAUCCAGAUUCACCAGGUCUGCAUCGGGCACCCAGCGCUCAAUCUCCGCACAUUUUCGCCCUGUAGCAAGCGAGGACGCACUUCGAAAUGCCUCCAACCCGCAGGCAUAUCAGGAAGCAUUGAUCAGCAUAUUCACGCGUCGGAGAGUGCCCUUUUCGGCUAUUGAAUGGGACGAGUUUAAACAACUCGCUCUCGCUUACUCCUUCAUUACCUCGCGGCGUACGGUGGUCCGAUAUAUUGCAGCAAACUAUUAUUUUUACAGCAGCGAGAUCAAGGACAGUCUCACCACCGCGUCAAGCCCGAUUCAUAUCUCAACAGACCUCUGGACAUCACCGCAUAGACAUUCUCUACUUGCUGUAAUGUGCAGAGAGUCAUUCUGGAGAAGCUCAAGCGAAGGCUGUUAUCGAUACUUUAGAGAAAUACGGGAUACAGUCAAAACUUGGUUGGCACACAAGCGCAAGGGCAGCACGGCUAGCAAUACGUCCGUGAUAUCGGCUGGCGACUUUAGCGGCAUUGAGAAUGUCCCUGCAUUACGCAAGCUUCAUGGCUUAGCUGUGUGGCUAAGUUCAUCAAGCCUCCACCAGAAUGUGUGGGAUAAGGCAGUGGGACUGCGUUUAGGGACGGAUAAUCGUACCCGCUGGUCGUCCUGGUAUCUGGUCAUUGAUCGUGCGAUUAGAAAGAAGGACAAAAUCCAGUCCUUCAUGUCUGAUCACGAAGAGGCCAUCGGAGACAAUCGGCUAUUAGUUGGAGAUUGGGAGUUGCUAGGCAAAGUACAUACGUUUCUUCAGCCAUUUUCUUCAACAACAUUGUAUGCAGAGGGAGAUGACUUGUCUAUCUCACAAUCGCUGAUGCUGAUGGAUAUGUUGUUACUCCAUUACGAAGAACAACAGAAGAUAUAUCAGUCGGAUGAACACUCCGACGAACGGAUGGUUCCCGUAUACGCCGCCGCUCUCCUCCUUGAUCCCCGUAAACGCAUCGCCGACCAUCCCUCCACCCCCGACGUCGAUGCCACCACCGCUGGCAAAGAAGCCAAAUCAACUCGUGAUACUAUCAAAGAAGCUGGAGGUUAG